AUCAAUCUCCAGCUUUACCGAUCCUUAAUUAAUAAAGUGCUUCCUUCUCAGCUCUCAUCUGAUCUUCUUCAAUUCCUUAUUUGUGAGUAAUAGCUUUUUCCAGUUUAAUGGAGAGAGAAAUCGAAACUGAGCAAAACAAGAGUCAGAAAGUGGAAGAGGCAGAAAAUGCAGGAUUUAGUGAGCUAGAGAGGAACAAAAUUCAGCUCAUGAAAGCUCUUCUUAAUAAACAAGAUCCAUCUUUUGUGGAAGUUGAUGACUACACAAUGAGAAGGUUUCUUCGGGCACGUAAUCUAGACAUAGAAAAAGCUUCAAUUAUGUUGUUAAAAUACCUUAAAUGGAGGCAUACAUUUGUGCCAAAAGGUUAUAUUUCUCCAUCGGAAGUUCCAAACGAGAUAACUCAAAAUAAGGUAUUUGUACAAGGAGUGGAUAAACAAGGACGCCCUAUUGCCGUCGUGUUUGGUGGUAGACAUCUACAAAUCAAAGAUGGCUUUGAAGAACUCAAACGUUUUGUAGUUUUUGCUUUUGACAAAGUUUGUGCAAGGUUAUUAGCAGGCAACGAGGAGUUUAUGAUGAUUUUAGAUCUUCAAGGAUAUGGGUAUUCCAACAGUGAUGUCCGUGGAUAUAUUGGAGUUCUAUCCAUUCUUCAGGAUUACUAUCCAGAAAGGCUGGGAAAAUGUUUGAUUAUUCACGUGCCUUAUCUGUUCUGGGCGUUGUACAAGAUUGUGUAUCCUUUCAUCGACAACAAUACCAGGAACAAGAUUAUGUUUGUGGAUAAUAGAGUAUUGACAUCAACACUACUGGAAUUGAUCGAUGAGAGACAGCUCCCAGACCUGUAUGGAGGGAAACAGCCCUUAGUCCCUAUCCAUAAUUCAUAAUUAUACUGUAACCACCCACGCCAACAACAACCUCAGAACUCAUCAUAGCUUUAUUACUUUAAUACUCAUGGAUUGUGUUUUGUUUUUAUAUGUAAUAAAUUA